GCCUGAGGCCUCUCCCCUCUCUUCCCCCGUGCUUCACUUGCCCCACUCUGGGCCUCCCGUGAGCCCGAUUUAAUGGGAAACUGUGGGCGAUGAGAAGUUUCUUGUGACACACUAAUCCUGACCUGCUGACUGGGCCACACCCCCGGCCGAGGCAACCUUCAGACCUCCAGGGCAUUCAGGUACCAGGUGGCCCCAAGGAGGAGCUGCUGACCUGGCAGGAAACACCCAAGACUGAGGUCCAGUGUGUGAAGCAGUCAGGACAGAGGAAGCAGGAAACUUUUUUUUUUUUUUUUUUUUGGCCAAGGACUCAGCGUCUUUCAGAGGCAAUAUGACAGAGGUGGUGGGCACAUUCCGCAUGGUCCCUGAAGAAGAACAGGAGCUCCGGGCCCAGUUGGAGCAGCUCACAACCCAGGACCAUGGGCCCGUAUUUGGCCCGUGCAGCCAACUGCCCCGCCACACCUUACAGAAGGCCAAGGAUGAGCUGAACGAGAGGGAGGAGACUCGGGAGGACGUGGUGAGAGAACUGCAGGAGCUGGUGGAGGCACAGGCCGCCUCUGGGGAGGAACUGGCCGUGGCGGUGGCGGAGAGGGUGCGAGACAGGGACAGCGCCUUUCUUCUCCGCUUCAUCCGUGCACGGAAGUUCAACGUGGGCCGCGCCUACGAGCUGCUCAAAGGCUAUGUGAACUUCCGGCUGCAGUACCCUGAACUCUUCGACAGCCUAUCCCUGGAGGCUGUUCGCUGUACCAUUGAGGCUGGCUACCCGGGUGUCCUUUCCAGUCGGGAUAAGUAUGGCCGAGUGGUCAUGCUUUUCAAAAUUGAGAACUGGCAAUGUGAAGAAAUCACCUUUGAUGAGAUCUUGCAGGCCUAUUGCUUCAUCCUGGAGAAGCUACUGGAGAAUGAAGAAACUCAAAUUAAUGGCUUCUGUAUCAUUGAGAACUUUCAGGGCUUUACCAUGCAGCAGGCCUCCAGGCUCCGGACUUCAGAUCUCAGGAAGAUGGUGGACAUGCUCCAGGAUUCCUUCCCAGCACGGUUCAAGGCCAUCCACUUCAUCCACCAGCCGUGGUACUUCACCACCACCUACAAUGUGGUCAAGCCCUUCUUGAAGAGCAAGCUGCUUGAGAGGGUCUUUGUCCAUGGAGAUGACCUCUCUGGCUUCUUCCAGGAGAUUGAUGAGAACAUUCUGCCAGCUGACUUUGGAGGCACGCAGCCCAAAUAUGAUGGCAAAGCUGUGGCUGAGCUGCUCUUUGGCCCCCGGAUCCAGGCUGAAAGCACAGCCUUGUGAGGACAUGUCCAGCCAUUUGAAUUGUAGUUAGCAUCCCUGGGCCUCUCCUCAGCCACCCUAGGCCUCUCUUCAGCCACCCCGGGCCUCUCCUCAGCCACCCUGGGCCUCUCCUCAGCCACCCUGCACCAAGGCUGGGAAAGGGCCUCCUGAGGUGACUUCCUAGGAUUAGGUGAGCUCUGAUGUCACCGUUUCCCCAAAUUUGGGUCAGGGCAGUAAAGCAGAGGGAAUUCCCUUGGAACAGAAGAAUUCAGGCAGUUAUAUCUCCAUGUGCCUCUAAAGCUAUGGGACAGUGACUUUUAUGUGAGGUUGCAUUUCAAAGAUUCUAAACAGGCUUCUCAAUAAUUUUUUUUUUUUUGAAACAGAGUUUUUCUAGGGUCUGUGAAAACAGGCAAAGAGGCUGGGUUAAAAGCCUCCCUCGCCCAUACAAUUAAAAGAGGGAGGAUUUAAGUUCAAAUGAUUUAAGUUCAAAUGGAACACAGUGACCGUGGUGACUGGUUGACAGGCAAGGGGUUUUCCACAGAGAAAUUCAGGGUGGAGGCAGCCUUAAAGCAGCUUCAUUCUGGGAUGACCUGCUCCCCUUGGUCAGGUGCAGUCUGAUGUGUGCAAUGAUGGUUAGGAGCUUGGACCUCUUCCCAGGGUGGCAGUCAUGUCCUCAUCUGUCCUCCUUUCCACACAAAAAAACUCUCCCCUAGACCCCUUACCUUGAUGAAUGGUUUUACUUAAAUUUACAGGUGAUAAUUUCUCUGAGCAUACUCUCAGUCCUCAAGUUAUACAAUUAAACUUCUUUGCUUUAGUUUCAGGCACCUUGAAGUAAUGAACUUAUUAAAUCUGCAUGUUCUGACAAAUAUAAAUGCUUUCCUCCUACGGA